AUGUCACACAGCUCCACCCCCAACGACCGGGCAAAAUCGUCUAGGUUAUGGAAAAGGGCAAAAUCCCAACUAGACUCUGAGUCGGAUCUCAGCGAGAUUGAAGAAGAGACCUGUAUGGAUACGGAAGAUCCAUCAGAUCCCGAAUCAGAUAACCUGGCCAAAGACAAUGAUCCCCGAGAGCGCAAUACACCUCAAUCUGACCCGU